AUGUCGGUAUUUUGCGAUGAGCAACAUGAAUUAACGCUACGCGACAUUUCCAAAUACGGCGAAAACCUAGCGCUAUUCGAUGCCCUAUCCACCGUAGUUCAAGCCGAUUUGGAAGCGCGGCCCGUGUCGAGCGACUUUGUCGAGCCGUACGACCCGGCGAUCAAGCAGGCCAUAUCGAUCAGUCAGCUCAACAGCAAUUAUUCUGAUCUCCUCUUCGAGCAUGAUAUCCGUCCCGACAAGGCCGUUCUUGAGGAGAUGAUCGCCGAGACAUCCGAUUUUCAUCGUGACAAGCGGCAAGCGUUUAGGACAAAGGCCUACCCGAAGCAAAUUUGGAAGGAUGGAGUACCGUUUUCCUAUCAUAAGAGCAUGAACAAACUCAAGAAAACCUCCGUGAUGUCGGCGAUGAACUUCUUCCAACGGCAUACUUGUAUUCGGUUUAGACCGAGGAAGAAGGAAAAGCAAUACCUCUACUACAUCGGCCACGAUCAAGGCUGCUGGAGUUCGGUUGGAAGGGACGGAUCCCAGGGCCAACAGUGGCUGUCUAUUGGGGACGGAUGUGAACCGUUCGGCAUCUCUUCUCACGAAGUUGCUCACGCGCUUGGUCUCUUCCAUGAACAGAGUCGCUACGAUCGCGACAAGCACGUACAAGUUCUGGCCAAUCGAGUCCCGAACGGCCUUUACUACAAUUUUGGAAAGGUCGGUCCUUCGCAGCUAAAAACUUAUGGGGUACCGUAUGAAAUUGGAUCGGUGAUGCAUUAUGGGCCUACGGAAUUUUCCAAACAGCCAAAUGUCCCCUCGGUGAUCGCCAACGACCCGAAUUUCCAAUAUACGAUGGGCUCCCUGACCGGCCCAACUUUCCUCGACGUCCGACUCCUGAAUUUGCAUUAUGACUGUUUAAGCCGUUGCACACUUCGAGCCAAGUGCUUCAACGGCGGCUACAAUAAUCCAAAUCACUGUGGAUAUUGCAAAUGCCCAGAAGGAUUCAGCGGUCGCGAUUGCUCAAGGAGGGAAAAGCCCACGGUCCCCGGAUGUGGAGGGUUGAUUCGGGUGACCAGGGCAACUAGGAAAUUACGAAUCCACAUCAAACCGAACAAAAAUGCCAAGUACCUCCGGACGUGCGCCUAUCAUUUGGUGGCCCCGAAAGGCCGCAAAAUUGAGAUGCGCCUCAAGCAACUUGGCGGUACUCUCUGCGAAUCCGGAUGCUGGCGCCAGGCGAUUGAGUUGAAGCCGCAGAGAGACAAGCGCGGGACAGGAUAUCGGUUCUGCUGCCCGGGCUACGCAAACCGGAAACUCAUCUCGGCUGACCAUUUUGUGCCUCUGUUCCUCUUCACAAGAACUGGCGAUACCAAGGCGGUAGUGACGUUCAAGAUUCAUCGAAAACAGGGCCGUGAGGGCUCAAGUGGCGACGAAGAACUCGGCGAGGAGCUCGACAGCGCGGACCUCUCGGACUAUCUCCUAAACGAGGGGAUCGAAGAGGAGCCGAAUGGUCAUGAUGAAGCCACGGUAAUCGAGGAUCCGGAGGAGGGAGGUCAGAAAAGUGAGACGACAGAGGCACCAGCUUUUGUCACGGCCACGAAACAGCAGGGACCCGAUUUUGAGGCUGAGCUCCUGAACGGCUCCGAAACCGGCGGACUCGACAAAGAGGACGACGAUGAAAAGCCCGAAAUUCUUGCGGAGUUCCCGGCCGGCGAGGUCGACCCGCUGUCCUACAUCCACCCAGCCGACUUGCCUAGUGAUGAGGACUUGGAGGCAACAAUCGCCAACGAGGAGCCGAUCGACACGUCGGCGUUCAGCGCCGGGUCAAAUCCGGCUCAGAAUAGCGUGCCCUUCAGCGAGGCGAGCAAGGAGCUGAAGAGC